AUGGAUACUUUAAAUAGUAGUUGUAAUGAAUUACAAACAAUUAAUUCUACAAAUUCAUCAUUUAAAAUGAUGAUUUUAUUUGUUAAUAUAAAAUUUUUGGCAAUUAUUAUUCAAUUAAUUGGGAUACCAUUAAAUUUAUUUGUAUUACAUGGAUUACUCAAUGUGAAAUUAGGAUCACGUUUAACAACAUUACUAUUAUGUAAUCAAUGUAUAUUUGAUUGUCUUAUUUGUACAUUUGCUUUAUUAAAAAUAUUAAAAUCUGAACGUUGGUAUACAGGUUAUAUAAUUAUUGAUAGUAUACUAUGCUACUUAUGGUUUAGUCAUACAUUAUUUUGGUUGGUUGUAUUACUAAGUUUAAGUAAUAUGAUGUGUACAGCAUUAGAUCGUUUAGGAGCUGUUGUCUGUAGUCGUACAUAUCAAUUACGUCAAAAUAUUUACAUAACAUUAUCAUAUACAAGUAUUUCAAUUUACUCAUUAAUAUUAAUCGCUAUCAAUCCAUUAUUAUUACAAUAUCGUGAUCAAAAAUGUUAUGAUACAAUAUUAUAUGAUAAAAACUGGAUAUAUAUAUUAAUGAAAGUGGAUUCUAUACUAUGGCCAUUUCUUAGUUAUUUAUUUCCAUGUGUUUUAACUAUCACUGUGUAUGGAAAAGUUAUAGGAGUGUUGAGAAGUACAAAAUUUUGCCAUCAAUAUAAUAAUAAUAGUUGUAGUACUGCUAUCAAUGAUAAAAUUAGUAUUGAUAGUAGUACUAAUAAUUGUUGGACACGUACAAUCUCAAGUCAUAAAUUAACUGUAUCCUAUGCUAAACAAAAAAGAAAUCGUAAAAUUGCUCAGUCUUUAACAAUAGCUACAUGUAUCAUGCAAACAAUAUUUUUAAUUACACAUUCAUAUGACAGAAUUUAUUACUUUCUUGGUAUACAUCAAUGGAUACUAUAUCAAAUUGAUUGUACAACUCAUUUAAUUGGUUUAUGGCUUGUAACAUUGAAUAGUUGUAUUAAUCCAAGUACUCUUAUAUUUAUUGUACGUCCAUUACAAAUCUAUCUUAUUCAAACCAUUAACCAGUGUUGUUGUAAAUAUUCAAAACGAUCCAAUACACAAACAUCAAAAAAUUAUUUAAAUGAACAACAAUCUGAAACGCGUUUAAGCAGAACAGAAUUUGGAGAUAGGUCAAAUCGAAUUAAAUCACAAUCAAGUAUCCUGUCUAGAAAAAAUUCAAUACUGUGAGAAAAAAACAUUUUCUAAUAUGUUUUUAUAUUCAAUGAUAUAUUCUCCGAAUCCGUUGCAAAGGUAGCUUUUUAUUGAUGAACAUCAACAGUGGAAUAACAAUCAUUACGAUACAAUCUUUUUUUUAAAAAAUUGAACAAAUGAGUGUUAUAUUUUUCUAACUUCAAUAUUUAGCUAAAUGUGUAUGUGCUACCGUUGAGGCACCUAUUAUGAAAGAGAGUAACAUGAAUAUAAUGAUUGUUAUUACUUCUUGUAUACUAUGAGAAUACUGAAAGAUUUGUUAGUAUUCCUACAAAGCUUAUCAGAGCACUAUUUUAUGAACGAAAUUUCAUGAAUACAUUUUUUUUUACUUUCUUGGUUAGUAAACAUUCAAUGCACAUUUUGUGAUGAUAAUUAACUUUUAAUGAUUUAAUUAAGUCAUUUAGUCAAAUACGUUUCAAGUUAGAAAUCAGAGUACUCAUUUUGAAUUCUAUAUGACUGGUAACCGGCAGAAUUAAUUUCUUAUUACCAUUAGUCGAAAUGACAAGAUGUUCAACUAAGUCUGAACUCAAUACAAAUGAUUCAUCUUUUUUUUAAUUAGAGUGAUCACUUUAU